UAGAUUUAUAGAGUGAGAGUACUUAACACUAUAGCCUGUUUAAUAAAUACAAUUUCUUAUUUCCUUUUUUUGGCUUGGUCUAGCGACCGCUUUGAAAAGCACUGCUACAGACAACGUGCGUCCUUGCGCGGCAAGAUAUGCGUGAGAAAAAUCGGGAAAGUGAUCGAGACUUAUAUCAAGCAAGCGCCGUUCGAUUCCGUUCACCUAUUCGCGCGACACCUUCACGCGAUCGGCAAACGAAACCCAGCACUUUUCAGAUCGGCCGAACGAUCGGCUAAAAAGUCCCAUGACAGGCUUAAAGUCCCAACGAGGCGUCGUUUACGUCGUUUCGCUCGGCUCGUUAAUGGAUUCCCUUUCUAUCGGGAAUCACGGAUACCCGUUGAAGCGGAGCAACGAGGCGGCGCGGGCGAGGUCGUGGUAAAGAUGGACAGGCGGAAACCGCGCACGAUCUCGAGAAUUCACGCGGGGAGAGAGAGGCCAAUGCGAAAUGCAUUAGAAUGCGUCGCGUGCCGGCGCAAAACACAUUUCACUGGUACGCUCGUGAAGCGAGAGAUGCGCGAUCGAAACGACCGCUUUCGUCUCGCUAGGCAGGCGCAGGCCUGUCACUGACCACCGUAUCUACCUACCUUUCUCGCCGUUGCUUUCCGUUUCGAGAUAACGUUUGCCAAAAUAUUCACGUCACGCCAAAGGUCACGCUAAGUCCUUCGGUAAAGUAGAUGUUCCGCUCGUUCGACAGUCUAUUCGUAUCUAACAAGAGCUUUUUUCAAUUAAUUAAAUGUGUUGUACCUAUGGAAAAAGUACAUUCUCUCGUUUUUUGUGAGCUCGCUCCUUUUCACGACGAUUAUCGUGACGGACGACUCUAUCUUCGUUGCCUCGCGGGCAAUAUAUCUUAAAGACUUAACUAGAUUGAAGAUUGUAAGAUUCUACCGCCGAUUAAAUAAUUCCAACAACUCAGGCGUUAUCAAUAGCGGAUCUCUGACCGAUUUGCCAGCUUUCUCGCGCGGUCGCGCGCCCGUCUUUUCCUAUUUCCCGUGAACGAUGCGUCGCCGCGGUAGACGGGCCAUCCAUCGCGGGGGAAAGUGUUCCAGUGUGUGUGACAAUUGUUUGCUCGGGAUCACGCCAAUGAAUAACACAACAUCGUCACACCUGUCCCGUCAUGACAAAUUCUUUCGACACGCUCGGGCCCACGGACAAGCGUGGCCGCGCUUCCGCGAGCGACUCAUCGUCGGUGCUUAAUAAGAUCUGAAGGACGACGGGCAAUUGAGAUCGCUGCCGAAGUACAUUCGCAGUUGUAUUUGGCGAAUACGACCGGCCGAUUAAAAGAUUAAUCGAAGGCACGCACCACCAUCGCCGUAUGUCUAUUGCAAUUAGCCUCGCACAAACAAGUGUGAUUUCCGUAUAAUCUCGCGUAAUCGUUUGUUGGUCGAUCGAUUAAUUAAACAGUAUUGUAUUGGUAACUGGCAAUAACGCAACGAUACGAUUAAAAAAAAAUAAAUUUGAAAAGAAUAGUUCUUUUAUUCAUAUUGUUUAAAAAAUGUUUAUGCAAUAUAAUUUAAAUUGAAAUAAAUAACAAUAACAAAUUUUAAAUAAUUUUUUUUAAACAGUUGAAAAAUAUUUCUACAGAAAACUAAAUAGCGACACACACAUCAUGAAUAUUUAUUAUCUUUAUCUUUUAGCAUUUUUAUCAUGCUAUUGUAUUAUCACGGAAACAAUUUAUGUUAAGAGCUGUGUUUAAUUAGAAAAGUAGCACAAUAAUAAUGGUAAUAAAUAUAAUAGAAAUUAAUAUUUGUGUGAUGAUACGAUUGAUGUAACGUAUUAGUGGUAAGAUUCUUAUCACCGGUGUUUGCCAGAAUCAACUAUAAUAGAUAAUUUAAAUGGAAAUUUUACCGAGGUUUUACAGAUUCACUUUUCAUAUGUUACAUUUUUUAAUACAUUUUCUGCAAUAUUUUUCUAUUUUUAUUUAUUACGGUCCUUCGAGCAUCAAUGAUAAGAACAAUUAUUUAUUAAUUAUAUAUAAUAAAACGCUUAUUAUUAUUAUUAUACUUGUAAGCGUCGAUGCGAUAUUGUAGUUGGUUAGGCUGACUGAAGAAAUGACGAUCUUUUUGCAUAUCUAGUUGCAACUUUGUCGCGAGAUUAGACAAUUGUCGAUCGAUCGAAAGUCGGUCGCGGUUUUCGCAAGUGCAAAAUACCGGCAUCAUACCGGUUGUAGAAAGGGAAGUGCCAAGGUAAGACAAUUUAAGAGCUAGUGAAUCGUUGCUCAUUGCCAAGGUACGUCAAGGUACCUGAAGUCUGGGUGUGCCGGGACGAUUAUAAUCGAAAUAGUCUUGAAUACACGGGUGAAAUCGAAAGACAGGAACAGGAAAGCGCGCAGUCUCAAUAUGGCACAGCAUGUACCGAUAGCUGCGCCAUAGCGCAGUGCACGCGCAUUGGAAUACGCGUUUGCCAAACGGCGCGACGUGGUCGGCCAGAAGAGGCCUUGGGUGGACUUUAUUGCAACAUUCACCAAGCACGUCUACUUUGAAAUAUCUGGAUUUUAUAUAUUAGACAAGUUAUAAUGUUAUUCCGUCUUUUAUAAAUUUGUUGAUCAUUCGAUAUUUUUAAGAACUUUUAGUUAUAAAAAUUAACACUGAAAAUAUGUGUGCGUGAAUUCAAGUCCAAAAAAUUCAAGUUCUGUAGAUCCAGAACUAUAAACUUGAUAAAUAAAAAUUUUUAAUUUGACAUUCUAGAGUCUAGAUACUCUAAAUAAAAUAUUAUAAGUAACUUGGCAAAAAGUAGUUGUCAUAAUAUCUGUAUCUCUUUCUCUCCUUAGAAAAUAUGGCAUAAAUCAAACACAAGAAAACUCUUAAGAGUUUUUUGUAUCUACAAAUAUCGUAUAUAGUAGCUUAGCUAGCUUUUUGUCUAUCGUUUGUCCAUCUGCAUUUCUAACGCAUUUGUUCAUUCUACUAUCGUUCGUACAUCUACGCGGAUGGAAACGGCAGUGCCAUGCGAUGGAUUACAUUGGCGUUCGGCAAUUUUUCAGCUCGACCUUGUCCAUACAUCAGAGUUCCUCAUCGGUUUUUCCCACGUGAAUAAACGUUCAUGUUACGGAAGUCGUAUUUCCCCGUUGAUCUUUCCCAAGAAUAGGUGCACGACGUUCAUAAUUCUGCUCGGUCGUAACGAAACCUAGACAAACAGCUAGCUGGGUGCUUUUGCGGUAUCCUAGACCAGUUACGCAGAGAGACGCGGAAAGAGCGAACCGAGCAAAGUCAGCGGUGGCGGCGGCGGCAACGGCCCGAUCUUGGCUCGCUCGCACGUAAACCCCACCUAAAACCCCCUUCACCUUCGUCGACCGCGAUCGGCGUGCGCGAACACGCGAAAGGGGGGAAAUUUUCAACGUCACCGUUUCGCGAACUCGAGAAGUUCGUUACCGUCGCGCGCGGUAUCCGUCGUACUCUUGCCCGACAAUAGUGCUCACCGCCACGACAUAAUCGGGGGACUUCGCCACCUACUACCUUGCCUACUUCACCACCCGAUCUCCAUCCGCCACCUUUCCCUCUAUAUCUCUCUUUCUCUUUCCACCCGAGACCACCGUCCGCUGCAUCGCUGAUCUGAAAAGGAGGUGAACGCGCGGUGAGAGAGUACCAUUGGGCAAGGAAUUGGGGCAGGAGCCAAUCGUAAGGAGCGCGAGGUGGAGCGAUAGGUUUUAAAUAGGUGUGCAGGAUCCGUGCGUGGAUACGAGAGGAAAAGUUGGCGGUGACCGAUACCGCGGUGGCACCGCUGGGAUUAAAAUUCGGGUGAUAAGAGUGCGAGGCCCCAUUGUGCGGCGGGUAGUAGCAACAACCUGCCCGGCGCUUACUCUCCGUACAUUGUGGUGGUAGUUUCCUAUCCGGGGGAUACACACGGGCCGCGGUGUGAAACGUACUGAGAGGAGUGACGGUCCUGCUGAUAGAGCGGCGAGCACAAAGUACGUCUCAGUCGACGCUGAGCCAGCAGUGCGCUCAGCAGGUCCGCUCGAGGCGGUAGAGAGUCCUGAGAGAGUCGUCUCUACGAGAGCCGUCUCGUUUUCUCUCUUUUCUCUAGUUCGGUAAAAGGGACGGCCAUGAGGUCCUGCGGCGGCUACCGGGCACUCGUCGUGCUCGCGACAGUGCUCGCCCACAUGACCGGCACGUUCGCCAAACGCGACUCACGCCAGACGGCCAACGGCAGGAGCGUUCUUGCAGAUCAAGUAGCAGCAGCUCAGACGUCGUCGUCAUUUUGGAGUCCCCUCAAAACCGAUCUCUUCUCUCAGGACACCAGCGGAACUUUCUUCCCCACAGCACAUGGCCUGGUGCAGACUCACCCGAGCAGUGCGUUCCGUAGCGGUUUCGGUGGGAUCGACAACCUCGGCAGUCGCGGAGUGACGAUAAGGCCACCGCGGACGCGGCCUCUCAAUUUUAAUGAACGCGCUACUGCCGAAUUGCGCCGAAAUCCGUCACUCUCGUCACCCGACGAAUGUGCUCGCGCCUGUCGUGAGCACGAGCCUCCCAGGAUAUGCUAUUAUCAUUUUACACUCGAACAUUACACCGUACUCGGCGGAGCGUGUCAAGUAUGCACACCGAACGCUACCAACACCGUGUGGAGCGAAUGUCAAUGUGUUUUGGCGGACGGAGUGGAGCGAAGUAUCAUGACUGCGAACAGGAUGAUUCCUGGACCAAGUAUUCAAGUUUGCCAGGGUGACAAAGUCGUUGUUGACGUGCAAAAUCUUAUAGGAGGUAAUGAAGUUACAAUUCACUGGCACGGCGUGUGGCAAAGAGGAUCUCAGUAUUAUGAUGGUGUACCUUACGUGACACAAUGCCCUAUUCAAGAGGGUAAUACAUUUAGAUACCAAUGGACGGCCGGAAAUGAGGGUACACAUUUCUGGCAUGCUCACACUGGCCUGCAAAAGAUAGAUGGUCUCUACGGAAGCAUAAUAAUCCGACAGCCACCGAGUAAGGACCCCAAUAGCAAUCUGUACGAUUACGAUUUAACCACGCACGUGAUGCUCAUCAGUGACUGGUUCCACGAGAGUACCGUCGAGCGUUUCCCUGGUCGCCUUGCAGUCAAUACCGGUCAAGCACCUGAAAGCGUGCUGAUCAACGGGAAAGGUCAAUUCAGGGAUCCUAAUACCGGUUUCAUGACAAAUACGCCUCUCGAAGUGUUCACGAUAACUCCUGGUCGUCGUUAUCGAUUCCGAUUGAUUAAUUCAUACGGAUCGGUAUGUCCCUCUCAAAUUACAAUCGAGGGUCAUACUCUAACGGUUAUCGCCACCGAUGGUGAAGCAGUGAUUCCAGUACCAGUUAAUACUAUUAUUUCAUUCUCAGGUGAACGUUAUGAUUUUGUCAUAAAUGCCGAUCAACCUGCUGGCGCUUAUUGGAUUCAGCUUCGUUCUCUUGGAGAAUGCGGAAUUUCGCGAGCGCAGCAGUUGGGUAUUCUUCGAUAUGCUCGUGGUCCUUAUCAACCAUCUACUACACCACCUUCGUAUGACUUCGGUCUUCCUCAGGGCGUUGUCCUGAAUCCUUUGGAUGCCAUUUGCAGUCAGCCGCGCGAGGAUGCAGUUUGCGUGAGCCAACUGAAGAACGCUCGACAAAUCGAUAAGGGUCUUCUGCAGCAACGCCCCGAUGUGAAGAUUUUCCUGCCGUUCCGCUUCCUGUUUUACAGACCAGAAGAGCUAUUCCAGCCACAGACGUAUAAUCGCUUCCUCGUUGCACCGUCCGGCGAUCAUGUGAUUUCUCUCGUUGACGAGAUCUCGUUUACGUUCCCGCCGUCGCCUCCACUCUCACAGAUCGAUGACAUCCCACCUGAACAAUUCUGUAACGGUGAUAAUAGGCCAGCUGAUUGCGGCGCCAAUUGCAUGUGCACGCAUCAGGUCGACAUUCCGUAUAACGCGGUCGUCGAAGUGGUUCUCAUAGACGAAGUACAACAACCCAACCUGUCGCAUCCCUUCCACUUGCACGGAUACGCGUUUAAUGUGGUCGGUAUUGGUCGUUCUCCCGAUAGGAACGUGAAAAAAAUUAAUUUGAAGCACGCUCUCGAUCUCGAUAAGCAAGGGCUCCUGCACAGAGAAUUCAACUUGCCUCCUGCUAAAGACACCAUCGCUGUUCCUAACAAUGGUUACGUCAUCUUCCGCUUCCGCGCGGACAAUCCAGGAUACUGGCUGUUCCAUUGCCACUUCUUAUUCCACAUACUGAUCGGUAUGAAUCUGAUUUUGCACGUGGGAACGCACGCGGAUCUGCCGCCGGUACCGCCGAACUUCCCAACCUGCGGUGACCAUUUACCGCCUAUCACACCACCGCUGUCGUUGAACACGUUCCAUUGAUACGAUGAGCAACGAGCUUAGAAAGAGAAGGAGAGAGACGCUCCAAAGUCCAUACGAUACUUGUAGCAUAUUUCUGUAAAGUAGCGAGCAUGUAAUAUUGAUUUUUUCAACUACGCAACCUCGUCCAUCGUUCACGAGAGCGUAUUUUCGACUCGAAAACGGCGAUCGAUCGGACGAAGAAUCUGACGGGUGUUAACUCGCUGCCUCACGAGAACGGUUAAGAGCGAAAAAGAUGAUGAAAAAAGUCAGAUGUUGAGGAAACCCGCGAGGCAACGGGUUAACAAAAGGUGAUCGACGUCCCGCUGGGCGUCGCAAAGCGACGAAUGUUCUUAAGGUAACGAUGACUUUAACUAACUUGAGAGAUAAUGUUGGCGGCAGUUGAUAAUUUAUUGUGUUCCAGAUGCUUCACCCAUCACUGUCAUUUAGAUUAUACUAGGUCUAUUACGCAUCACACACAUCCUUGUUACCCCUAUGCAUUGCUAUGAAACUUUCUCUGUCGUUCAUAAUUCGCGAUCAUAAAAUUUAGUUAUCUAUUUCGCUAUAAAGCAUACUACAAAAAAACGCUUGAAUAUAUCUUUACAAAAAUAUCUACUUUAUACGUACGCUGUCUCCGUAACUGCAAUGGCAAAUCCGCGAAUGCCGAUGUGAUGAGUGAAGCAUCUCAGCGAGAAAUGUACAAAUGUUACUGGUUAACAUUUGUAACGCUCUGUAAAUAAUGUAGAAAUAGUCACUACACUUAACGAGAUAUUAAUGUGGGAGUAACGGGAAACGUAGCGUAAGGGGGGCAUCGCCGAGAUAUCGUGAUGACGAUCCAGGCGGAGAAUUAUCAUUCAGAUAAAUGCCCAACAAACUGGAUCUGUAUGAUUAUCGGAAUCCGCCACUAUUAAAAUUAUGUAAGGACUGUUAUAUCAAUUUCAAAAUUGUUACAUAGAUAAAAAUUAACUUUUGUGAGCAUGAAACAUAUUAUUUAUUUAAGCUAAUAACGAUUAACUUUUUGUUAAUUGUAAAUUGCCUUUAUUUUUGUUAAUCAUACUAAUCAUCUUUGCGACUAUCAUGCUUAUAUUUAUUCAUUUGUUCGUUAUUUAAAACCAGAGAGAAGAUGUGACAGAUUUGUGGAGGGGAGGGGGUGUAACGUGCAAUUAAUCGUGAUUACAAGUGGUGUAACAAACGAGCUUUCCUCGACAGAUCCAGGCUCUUAAAACAGUUUCUUAGUUAGAAAGUAAUUUCGCUUUUAUGCUACGAACAGCCCGAAAUAGCGCGUUUUUGUCAGCCUAAAAUUAAAUUGAUGAAAGUAUUAGAGUAAAUAUUAGAGCGGUUAUUCAAAUUUUAUGUCAAAGAUCUCAAGUAUGUUACAACAACGUUUAAACUGCAACGAUAUUGUCAAUGACUAAUGAAUUUUUAAACAAUAUUCUUUUCGCGGCUGCAUCAAUACAUUAACACACUAUUUAUUUGUUCAUCUUCCGUUCGUGUUAUCUUACAAAAUCCGACGAUAUCCUAAAUUGAUCUGUCUCGAAGGUUGACACAUUAUCACUAGUAUACAUCGCGCAACGAUAAUUAUACGUUUAUUCAUGGUGCCUCAAUUUUCUAUAGAGAAUACAUUUAUACGCAACUUACAAUUAACGCUUAAAUCGUUCGGUCAUAUAUAUAUAUAUAUAUAUAUAUAUAUAUAUAUAUAUAGAUAAAAUUUCUCUGGUACAUUUCACUAAAUGCAUUUGUCAGGAUCACCGACACACGAAACACUCAACAGCGUAAUCGUGAAACGCAAUGUAACUCAUUGGCUUGGUGCAAAAGAGAUAUAACUUGGGUCUGCGGAUUUUUCAGUUGGUAUUGCCAAGGGAAAAAGAUCUAUCUUGUUACUGUCAUAAAAAUAAAAAAAUAAAAAGUAAUAUAAGAAAUGUUUAACAUAGAGAUAUUCUUUUAUAAUCCAUUAGUAGCUAGGAUAUUUAAAAAAUACAAUAUUUUAUGUAACGUACACGCAAAAUCUCGUUAGAGUGAAAAAGAUACCAACUGGAAAACCAUCCUUUUUUAAACCGUAAUCCUUUUGCAUAGAACUAUCGAGUUGUGCUAAGCAUGCGUUGUUGCUUUCUCGAGUCGGCCGUUUGCUUUCUCGCCUCGGCAAAGGAGAACGUUCCUAGGAUUGAGAAGUACGAUUUAGAAACCGUGCAAAAAGCGUGAAUUCGCGGGUGAGAGGAUGUAUCUUCGAGACUACCAGUCGAGGCAGUCGGCUUCAGAGACUGUGACAAUAUACGUCAAUCUUGAAUAGACGCGGAUGAAACAGUUUAAUGGGAUAGCAAACAUGCGCUGUGUUUUUUAAACUGUAUUCUUUUAUUCUUAGUAGGAAAUAUAGUUUAAAAGAGAUAUCAAGGAGAAAUGUACCUGCUGUUUAAUUAAAUGUAUUACGAGUACGUUGAUUCUGUAUUUUCUCCGUAAGCGAAUCUAAAAUUCAAUGGCUUACUCAUGAACAGAGUAAUUUAAUCGUUGACGAUUAGUCAUAAUUCACCAUUCAUGGGCAAUGAGGAAUACAGGAUAUUUAAUCUGCUCUUACAAAUCGUCGUACACUUCUUAUAUUGUGCACUUGAAAUAUUUUUCGAAAUAUUUGAAAUAUGUAGGUUUAUCUAUGCAUUUAUAAUAAUUUUUUAUUGAUUUCGGUCUUGAAAAUCUUUUCGAUUAUAAUUCUUGAAGGUAAAAUUAAAAACGUACAUUUUGUCUUAAAUGUUUACGCAAUUUGUCAUCUAGUUAUUUCUUAAUUAUCUAAUUUGGAAAUUUCUGAUUUUACUAAACUUACGUUUCUGUAAAGAAAAAUCAACUAUACAAUUAUUUUGUGAUUAAAUUUUUGAGCAGGUACAUCAACGGUUGUAAAUAUUGUAAUACUGAAAAUUGUCCAGUAUUCAUAUAUCUAGUAAUAUCAGUUCUCUCUCCGUGUAAUUAUUCAUGUAAUCAAACCCAUAUAAAUAUUGUCAGUUACCAUCUGUAAGCAUAUGAGUUUUCGUGUUUUAUAUUGAGUAUUUAAGCAAGAGUUAUAUUGUGUAUGCGUAGACAUAAGUAAGUACUACGGAUUAUUCUAUCAUAUUUUAUUCUAAAAAAUGUAUUUUUAAUAAUAAAUCGUUUUUAAAAAUACUA